CAUGCUGUACAUGCCUUCUGUGACCCUGAGCAAAUCACAACCUCUCCAGCCCUGCUUCUUCAUCUAUCAAAUGGAAACAAGCACAUUUGCAUUCCCUACCUCUGAGUGGGAUUGGGCUGAAAGUACUUCAGGAACCUUAGCAUGACAGGGAGAUGGGAGGUUAUAUUUGUAUUCUGACUGGCCCUGGAAUGGAGAAAGAGCUGAGCUAGGGACAGGAGGACUACUAGGCGGUCCCCCUCCCCAGGUUUCCCAGACAGGGAGGGCAGAGUCAGAGGACCAGCAUCAGCCUCCUUUCUUUCGGUCUCAUCUUUUCAGACCCAGUUGGAUCUCUGGGUGUGUAUGGGGGUGCUAGUGUGUCCCUGAUUGUGGUGGAGGGUGGCUGCCUCCACCCGGGACUGUGUGGUACUUGCCUGUGCUCAUCCCAGGUCGAAGCUCAAGAGGGAUGGGGGCAGGGGAGCAACCUGGGGGGGGGUGGCCCUCAGCCUUCCCUUUCUCUAUCCCUGGCCUAGACCACAGCUGACCAGAGGAAUUCACACCAGUGGGAGCGCUUUCUCCUUCCUCAGUGAUGAGUUUUUACGAGAUGAGUCACUUCAGUUUCUUCUCCCGGGAGGUGGGCUCCUCCAGGGAUCUGCACUCUCUGGAUACCAGCUACAACCCAAAGCCUUGUCACUUGGAGCCCUACCCCUUCCAGGAGCCGAUCGUGGGUAAGCAGCCACCGCCUGUGUCUUCCCAGGCCUUGGAUGUCUUCUACAGAUCCCUCCCUCGCAGCCCCCAUCUCCCGGCUACGAAUGACUGGAACAGAGCCCUGUUUGACUUCAGGUGCACAAACUUGUGUGUGAACGGCGCCCUGCUCCCCUGCCUGCUGGCCUGUUUUGUGGCUGACACCCAAGGAGAAUGUUGCUGUCUCCCCUACCUGCCAGGGGCCCUGGUGGCUAUGAGGACCUCCCUAAGGGUUACUCAAGGUAUCCAGGUCAGCCAAUCCCUUUCCCCACGUCCCCCUGCUCUAUCCCCACGGAGCCCUACCUUUGGCCUUAGAAGACGCCAGCCUCUAUGGCCUUUCCAUUUUCCACGGGUCUUUACCCAAUCAAGUCCCCAGUACAAUCCCUCACUGCCUUCCCAUCCUUAUCCCUCAUGAGCUACUCAAUCCCAAGGUCCUACCAUGCAAAUCUCCAUUCUCCAUUGGACUUCCAUCCAAGUUUCCAGUUCUCUUGUGUUCCUCCUUUAUGCUGCUCCUGUCCCUGUAGGACUCCCCUCUAUAUCGCUAGCUACUUUUCUAUAAAUCCACUCAUCCAAACCUCCAUCUGUUCCUACGGGCCUUUUCCAUGGCUGUCCAAACUCAUCUCUCAUGGGACCCCCACCCCUCGCUCCAUCAACAUCUCCACAAUUCUUCUCAUCUGUCCUCUAAGCAGGAGCCCCCGUUACCCGUAGCCAUCCAGUCCGAAUCUCCAUUAAC